GCGGGCGUCCUCUGUGUAAGAGAGCUGGCGGUCGGGUGCGAACGCAAGCUGAGGCUAGGAUAGAGCGUCCAGGAUCGGAGUGCGUCUCCUGCCGCCGCCAUGCCGGACAGCUGGGACAAGGACGUAUACCCCGAGCCCCCGCGUCGCACGCCGGCGCCCUCGCCGCAGACCUCCGUGCCCAACCCCAUCGUCUACUUCAUGAAGGCCUUCGAUUUCCUCGUGGACCGACCCGUGACUCUCGUGAGAGAAUUUAUAGAGCAGCAGCACGCCAAGAACAGGUAUUACUACUACCACCGCCAGUUCCGCCGUGUGCCAGACAUCACAGAGUGCAAGGAGAAGGACGUCUUGUGCAUGUUUGAGGCUGAAAUGCAAUGGAGAAGAGACUACAAAGUCGAUCAGGAAAUUGUCAAUAUUAUUCAAGAGAGGUUAAAGGCCUGUCAGCAGAGAGAAGGACAGAACUACAAGCAGAACUGUAACAAUGAACUGGAGCAGUUCACCAAAGUGGCCAAGGCCUACCAGGACCGCUAUCAUGACCUGGGAGCCCACUACUCUGCCAGAAAGUGCCUGGCAAAACAGAAGCAAAGGAUGCUGGCAGAGAGAAAGGCUGCGAAAGAGGCUGCUGCUGCCUGAGACAGCUGUGCAUUCCUACCUUAUAUAACUAUUAAUAAAGUGAUACAAUCUA